GAAUUGCAAGUAUUUUUACGGCCAUCGAAGGACACCUGUCCGCCCAUAAUAGCCUGUAGGCUAUGCAAAGGUGAUGACCCGAUUGUGGGCGCUAUAGUGACGGCAACAGUGGACAGACCGGGCGGCACACAGACUGACCAUCAGUUAAACUUAUUUCACAACGAGGGCUAUUAUUACACAUUCUAUACUGACUAUAGCGGCGCCGGCAGGUAUAAUGUUUGCGUACGGGCCGUUAAUGAUGGCAACAAUACUACAUAUAGAGGCACACCUACCGGUGCAUUCCGGCGCCAACUGGUGGCUAACAGUUUUCAAGUAAAGGCCGACUCUAUGCCAACACAACCGCCGCCCGGCGACCACUUUAAUCAAUUAAGGCUUAACAACGAGAUUGGCUUUCGUAAUAGUCCACCGGCCGGUACGGCAGCGCCCGGUCCGGCACCGGGAGGGCCGACACCAGCGCCUGCGCCUCGAAGUAUACCCCUAUUGAGCGAUCAAAUGAAAGCCCUUAAGGCCCGGCUGUCGUCUAAUUAUAUACGUACUAAGCGGGCGGUCGACGGCCUACAGGUGUCCCAAAAGGCAGAUCUGGUCAAUAAGUUGUCCCUUUUUGAGCGCUUCUUCUCUUCAGUCCGCGAGACGUCUAUUGGAGAGAUCGAUGGAUAUCAGCGACAGUUGGAUGAUGUAAAUGAUCAAUUUUUUACUUGA